AGAUGAGUUAAGUCUUUCGGAUAAUGAUGUCAUGCGAAUGAAGCGCAUUCACGACACCAACGACGACUCAACGGACGGCUGGUUUCGCCCAAGCCUGUUUCUUCCUACGUUGUCUGAAAAUGAAUCGACGCUGUUCCAGCUGGUGCAGGAUGGUGAUCGAGACUCUGUGCUCCAGUUGCUGAGAGAUCAGCCCGAUCUCAACAUCAACUGCUGCAACUUCCAAGGCGUGCGACCGCUUCACAUAGCCGUGCAGCAGGGGGAUGAGCCCAUGGUGGAGCUGCUGCUGCAGCAGCCCAAGAUUGAGCUGUCCGACACUGUCCUCUACGCAGUCGAAGCGAAUAACGAAGAUCUCGUUCGGCUGCUCUUCGAGAAGAUGUCCGAGGAUGACCCCGACCAGGAGUUUUUCGGUUAUGACUCGAGCUCACGCUUCACGCCUAACAUGACACCGCUGAUUUUGGCUGCGCAAGCUGACCACUAUGAGAUGGUGUGCUUCCUGACAAAGCGGGGACCAAGAUCAUCAAGCCGCACCCUCCAGACUGCUGCAAGCUAG